AUGACUGCGGGCAUCUCGGGCAGCAAGCACAACGGCGGCCGCAGCGCCACCGUGUGUGCCGUCAACAGCAUGGUCUCGGAGGCUUCCGCGGCGACCGUGGCCGUGUUGGAUGUGAUCGGGGGCGUCUCCGCUGGCAUGGUCACGAACGCGACGGUGGCAUUCGGCUCGGGCAGCGAGCGCAACGACAGCGGCAGUCCGCACGCAGGUUGCCGCCGCGACAUCGACAGCAGGGUCUCGGACACGAUGGAGGUGACCGUGGCCUUGGGGGAUGCGGUCAGAGCUACGAUGUUCGUGCAAGACGUUGAUGUAGAUGUGUACAAUGGCUGA